CCCGUGUAAUGUGUAUUGCUUUCGUGGGCAAUCGGCAUUCGUGAUUCGGCAGCCAUUUUGAUUUUAUGUCUUGUUCAUUUAAUUCAUGUCGACGUGAACGUAAUUAUUUUGGUGUGUUGUGAUUAAAUUUUGUUAUUUUAUUUAAUAUUUUUCCCCGUUUCGUUCUAGAGAAAGUGGAGUCUGUGGAUUUUUUGUGAUAGUGCUUCAUCGAACUGAGCUUUCAUGAUUGGCUUACCGCGUAGCGAUAGAGAUAGAGAUCGUAUUACGGUGAAAAUUCGCAACAUGAAAAGGAGUUCAUCGCGGGACAGCAUGCCACGGUCGAAGAGGACGCGUAGUAGCAUAGGACGGUAUGAUGACAGUUCUGAUGAGAGAGGUUCGCCCGAUAGAAUUCGUAGGCGUGUGCGGUCUCCGAGUCCACGGGGUCGUUACGUGUCUCCUCAUCGAGAUGAUUACGUUCGAUCUCGAGAAAUUAGGGAGGAAUCAGUACGACCUUAUUAUAAAGUCUUAUGUGUAAGUGCAUUGCAUCCUAAAGCUUCCGAUGAAAUCGUCAAAGACACAAUUUAUCGAGAGUUUAAAAAAUUUGGUGAUUUUAGUAUUAAAAUUUCUUCCCAUGACCUCGACGAUAGGGUGGCAUACAUUUGCUUCCGCAGUGCAGAAGAUGCAAAAGAUGCAAAACAUGCCAAGCCAAGAAUCAUUCUGUAUGACAAGGUUGCCAUUGUUGAUCCUGUUUAUGAACCUGUUCGGUCUGAAUACAGGAGCAGACCCAGAAGUAUAUCUCCUCCAGAUUAUGAUCGUUCUUAUUCAUAUGCUUGGUCCCCUGUUCCUGAAAGACGUAGACCACCUCCUGAUGAUAGAGCAUACGGGAUUCCACCCUCAAUACCUCCACAUCAUAGGGAUUUCAGACCACCUAUGCAUGAAUACCCCAUGGCAGGUCCUCAUGGACCACCAAUGCAUCAUCGGCCCCCUAUGCAUCAUCCACCUCAUCCUCAUUAUAUGGCAAGACCAUACAUGCCUAGGCCUCAUCAUCCACCUUUUGAAAAGGCUGAAAACAAGAAAGAUAAAUUUCCAAAUUAUUUGCAUCAUGUUCAACCUGAAGAUGAUCCACUGGCCACAAGGACAUUAUUUGCUGGAAAUUUAGAAAUUAAUAUUUCUGAUGAAGAGCUUCGUCGUAUAUUUGGUCGCUAUGGAAUAGUUGAAGAUAUUGACAUUAAAAGACCUCCACCUGGAACAGGAAACGCAUUUGCAUUUGUCCGUUAUCAAACUUUGGAUAUGGCCCAUAGAGCCAAAGUAGAACUCUCAGGGCAAUAUAUAGGGAAGUUUCAAUGUAAAAUUGGUUAUGGUAAAGCAACUCCAACCACCCGAGUAUGGGUUGGUGGUCUGGGUCCUUGGACAUCCGUUGCACAGUUAGAAAGAGAGUUUGAUAGAUUUGGAGCUAUCAAAAAAAUUGAGUAUGAGAAGGGAGAACCACAUGCAUACAUUUUGUAUGAUUCAAUUGAUGCAGCUCAAGCUGCUGUUAAGGAGAUGAGAGGUUUCCCUCUUGGUGGGCCUGACAGACGCUUGAGAAUUGAUUUUGCUGAUGUUGGCAAUGGAGGUUCAUUCAGGCCAAAGCCAUAUGCUGCCCCUCCAACUGGGGAAGAUGGGCGAGUUGUAGAGGGUUAUGAAGGAUAUGAGGGAUCAUGGGAUGAGUAUGGUUAUGGAGCUUAUAGAGGAAGAGGUGGUCACAGAGGUCGGGGUCGAGGCAUGUAUCGUGGAGUAUAUCAUGGAACAGGUGAUUAUCGUGAUGAAGAAUGGAGAAGACCACCAGAGAGUGACUUUGAAAGCAGGGUUCGUCGGUCAGGAUCACGAGAACCUGGUGUAGAUCGUUCUCGUUCUAGAUCAAUUCGUCACCGUUCUCCAGAUAGUGACUCUGAUGGUUCCCCACGUAGAAGCAGUGGAAUGUUAGCAUCUGCUAGAACACUUCCUGAAGUUGUGCGUAAAGCUACAACUAUUUGGAAUGGUGCAUUGAUUCUGAAAAAUUCUUUGUUCCCAACUAAAUUCCAUCUCACAGAUGGUGAUUCAGAGAUCAUUGAUAGUCUAAUGAAAGAUGAAGAUGGUAGGAAUCAACUGAGGAUAACUCAAAGACUACGUUUAGACCAACCAAAACUGGAUGAUGUUCAGAAGCGUAUAGCAACAUCCAGCUCUCAUGCUAUUUUCUUAGGUGUAGCAGGUUCAACAACAUCUAUUUCCAAUGAUGAUGCAAGUAUUCAAACGAGGCCUAUGAGAAACCUAGUGUCAUAUUUGAAACAAAAAGAAGCGGCUGGGGUAAUUUCACUAUUGAAUAAAGAAACUGAAGCAACAGGUGUCUUGUACUCCUUCCCUCCAUGUGAAUUUUCUACUGAACUCUUAAAAAGAACCUGCCAUAAUUUGACAGAGGAUAGCCUGAAGGAAGACCAUUUGGUAAUUGUUGUUGUACGUGGUGGAACGGCUUAGCUCUAAACAUUUUUUAUUAUAGUGUAGGCUUGUAAUAAUUUUUAAUUAUUUUUGUUACACAAUUUGUGGUGUGUAGUGUACUUUGUGAGGUGACUGGUUUGUGAAGUAUAAUAUAUUGUACUAAUGUGUGGGUGAUGAAUAAUGAUAUCUUGUGUAAAGCAAUAUCUAUCAAUAGGUAAAUUUUAUAUUCAAAUUAAUUAGAUUUGCUAGACUACAUCAACAUUUAAAUGUGUAAUUAGUUAAGUUUCAGUUAGUGUAUUUAAUAAGGUGAUGUGUUAGUGUGUGAACACAAAUAGAUGAUGUAUUCUGAA